UUUAAUAGGCUCUACAAGGAAAUCACGGUAUCCACAUCAGACUUUUUUAUUUUUGCACCUCUGCUAAUUUAAGGCAUUUUUAACACUCCACUGCUUGGCAGCAUUUUUGUUCUCAGGGCAAGAUGUUUGAAUGAUACAAGAUUUUUAUUUUCAUUUUGGCUUAUAUACAGGUUUUGAAUUUCAUAAAUUUUAUAAUUUCAGACGAGAUAUGUCUGAAUUUACAUUGUACCGACUUUGUCUUUGGAAAACAGCAUUUCUUCUAAAGAAUUCAUACUGGAAUGAAACUCAUGAUAACAAUACUGGAGGUAAUCCUUUUUCAGCUCUACCCUCAUCAGUGGUUGAAGAUUUGAUUACCUGUGUCUUGGAACUGACUACUUCCUGUUGCCUGAAAGUGACAGAUUUGUAUCAUCUUUUGACAAGUGGCCGUGUAAAGCAUUUUAAAUUAGAAGAUGUCCUUCUGCAUACUGAAGAAUUUAUUGCAAUUCUCAUGUCACUUUCUGUUGCUUGUCAGAAUUUAUGUUCUCUGACUCUAAAAGAUGUAUAUUGUUCUGAUGCUCAACCUGGUUCUGGAGCAUUAAGAAAGAGUGCUGCUCUUGAAUGUGUUCUCAGUAUCUCGCCCCGUUUAGAAUCAAUUGAAUCAUGUAUUGAAUUUGAUUUAAAAGCAAUACGAAACUGUGAGCAGCUGAAAGUUUUGAAGUUAAACUUUGUUCCUAAAUGCCGUCUAUAUGAUUUUCUGGAAGAAGUUAAUGGUUAUUUUUGGCCUAAUACUUCUUUAACUGUUCUUGAUGUAUAUGAAGAUGUGAGGCAUCCUGUGUCUUAUUUAGAAAUUGCAGUUAUACUUAAAAAUUGUCAUGAAUUAAUAAAAAUAAAUAAUGAUGUUGGAGCAAGCUUAGAAUAUCUGCACAGUGCAGAAUUAAAUGAUGAUGCAAUUUCUACUCGUUAUAAAUUGGAAAAGUGUUAUUUAGGUAGUACAUUUUUAGCUCCUCCAUUUGCAUCUUCUUCUAUUACUGCUGUUCGUAUAGCCACAGAAACCUGCCCUUUAUUGAAGGAAGUUGAUGUUUUGGUGAGUGAUCAUGAAGUUAUUUAUGCUUUAAGUGAUUUCCAAAAUCUUAAGUCUAUUCUUCUUCAGUGGGAGCCUACAGAUGGAGGCGAUUUCCAGCUUGGGGUUCAGAUGCUACUAGAAAAAAUUGGAGCAAAUUUAAAAAUUUUAAAUAUUUUGAAUUUCUAUAAUGUUGAUUUUGCUGCAAUUGCAAGUUUUUGUCCAGAACUAGAAGAUCUUAAAAUUGAGUACCAAACUGAGGUCUGUUAUUAUGAUCCACCGUCUACAUGUUUUCAACAUCUCAAAUCAUUGUACAUUGAAAAUACUGAUGGUCAAUUUUGUUGUCGAGAAAACACAUUGAUAUUUCUUUUAUCUAACUGUACUAAUUUAUCCAUGUUGCACUUAGAAUAUGCAGAAAAUUUAACAGAUAAUGUAUUACAUAAAAUUUUAGAUAAAAAUAGUCUAUCAACUGUAAAAGAGGCUACAAUUUUAAAAUGCAGACUUUCUGCUGAAGGUGUGCGAAAUUUAAUAUUGCAUUUAAAAAUGCUAGAAUAUUUUCAUUUCGGUUCUUCACAAAUAACAUUUGAGGAGGCUGCAUCAGUAGUUCACGAGAUUAAUCCUAAUGUGAUAAUGAGGUCUCAUAUCGAUUAUGAAGGAGCAUAAAAGUCUUAAAAAUUUCAAGCUGUAAAUUUGAGUAGUUUCUGCUUUAGUGUGUAUUUUAUGGGAGUUUUAUGCUAUAUGGAAUUUGAUAUUAUGCAAGCAAAGAAAUUAUACUUAUUUUAAUUUUGUGGCAGUAUUUCUUAAAAAAGAAGCAUGAUCUUCCAUUUUUCUAAAUAAGCAACUGUUAUUUAUAGUUGUUUAUUAUUAUGUAGCUGAUUUUUUUAAUUAUAAUAAAUCUCUAAAUAAUACAGGGUGUCUCAUUUAAAAGUAUUCCAUUUUGGUUUCGUAUGACUAGUAAAAAAUGCACUUUAUUAAAGAAAUGAAUAAUUUUAAGAAAAUUAUAUAUUGCAUUUAUGACAAAAAAAUUUCCAUUUCCAUAUUUGAUUUUUGUGUGAAAUUUCUAGUCUAUUGUUAAAUUUAUGCCAUGAUAUCUGUGGCAUAUUUGAGAUUAUGAAAGAGAUGGCAGUCUGAAUUAAAGCCUGAAAAUUCUGGAUGUCUUACUUCUUUUGUAACAUAGAUGUUGUCAUUUACAAAAUCCCUGAUGAAAGGGUGACCAAUAAGUGAUAUCAAGUGACUACUGCGAUUCAGGAUUUGGACUAUUGUGUCUAAUUUAUUUUUGUAAGCAGAUUGUUUUUGGUGCUUCUUUCUGCUAUGUUAUAAUAUAUUAAAUCCAUGCCUGAGCUGUCACCGAGUUCAAGCAAAUAAGUGAUAUUAAGCAAACCAAAGAGCAAUAUGAACUUUUUCUUUCAGGCAAGACAUUUUACAUUUCACUAGACUGGUUGUAGACUAAAUAUUGGUUACUAUACUAAAUGCAAUAUGGUAUCUAUAAAAUAGCAUAUAGUAGGUCAACAUUAUUUGUCCUUUGAAUGAAGCUAUGCCAGUUGUACUUUUUCUCAUAUUUGUUUUAAUAGGGUACUUUGAAUGGGACAAUGAAUAUUUUGAUUGAAGAAUACUCAAGUAAUAUGUUUUAGAUCACAGAAGAGAUUUAAUAUUAGCUCACAGCUCUGUUUCUUGUUUUAUGUAUUUGUAAAUAGGGUAUAAUUGAAAAGCUAAUAUAAUUUUAUAAAAAUUCGGUUGUAUAUUUAUUGACUUGGAUUGUCUUGGUUAAUUGACUUUUUUCUUGUUUAAAACUUUUGAUACAUUAUUUACUUAAAAACAAUAUUUUGUUUAAAAACACUUGUAUUAUUAAAAACUAUUUUUGCCAA